UCGAACCAGAAAGAACCCUAAUUUAUCGCAAAGCUCUCUCCCCCUUCCUCAUCUCUUCCACUUCGAUCGAAUUCUCCCCCUUCUGUUUCCGUGGGUUUCGAUCCGGAUGAUGGGUUCUUCCUCGGGUGCACGCGAUGGUACCGAUUCUUUGGCGUCUAAGCCUCAGAGUCAAUUACAACGGGGAGUUCGCGUGGUGGGAAAGAUCCGACCUUUCGUCGAUUCGGAGGCCGGUGGAUCCUCCUGUCGUGCUCGGGUUUCCGUCACCAGAUUCGUUGGAGACCAUGCCUUGGUUGCUUUCGAUGACCAGCAAACUUGUCGGAAGGAUUCCUACAAGUUGGAUUGGUGCUAUGAACAAGACGAAAACAUUGACCAGAUCUUCACUGCAGAGGUUAAGCCUCUCAUAGAGGGGCUAUUCCGUGGACAUAAUGGCUGCGUUAUUGCUUAUGGUGCUCCGGGAAGUGGCAAGUCUCAGCUGAUUCAGGGCUCUGGACAGAACCCUGGUCUAGUGAUGAUUGCUUUAGGGGAAAUAUUAGCCUUUGCCAAUGAAAACAGAGGCUCUGUCACUGUAUCAUGCUAUGAAGUAUCUCAAGAUCAUAUAUAUGAUCUCCUGGAGCCCAAGGAUCAGGAGGUGCUUAUCCUGGAAGAUGCGGCCAAGAGAAUUCAGCUUAAGGGCCUUUCGCAGAUCCCUGUAAACUCUAUCUCUGAUUUCAAGAAAUUAUCUUUUCAUGGGUGUAACAUGGGCAAGUCUUGGCUCAAGCUUCCUGAUGAUAGCACAGUCAGGAGCCACAGAGGCUUGAUUGUAUAUUUGUCUUCUGUUGACGAGGAAUCCAACAGUUCUUUAAUUGGGAAGAUAAACUUUGUUUGUUUGGCAGACUAUGAGGAGAUUAAGCAGAAGGGUAAUGCGAGACCUCAACUAGCUGAGAGUACUAAGAUUAACAAGUCAUUGUAUACACUUCUAAACGUCGUUUGUGCACUUAAUGCUGGUGAGAAUUUCAUUCCCUACCGGGAAAGCAAAUUGACCCGCUUGCUGCAAGACUUCUUGUGCAAAGCAAGCAGAGCUGUCCUGAUUACAUGCUUGAAUCCAACUAUCUGUCAAGACACUCUCAGUGCGGUCAACUUGGCAUCUAGGUCAUGCCAAGUAGCCAAUCGACAUCGGUGUCACUCAGCCAAGGUCAUUAAGAGUGGUUCAAAGUUCAACCAAUCAUGUUCCCCUUCUAUUGUUGGAAUACCCGUGAGAGCUGUCUCACAAAAGAAAAAUGAGAUCUCUCAAUGUGCAUCAUCUGAAAAGAAAGGAUAUGGAACCCCAUAUGCCAUAAGGAGGAGGUCAUUACAGCUAGGAAGUCUGGGAACCUGCUUUUCUGAGAAACAAAAAACUGGUUUCCCAUCUGCAAUAAGAAAGAAGAAAAUGCCCAUCGGAUCAAGUCCUCCAAACAAAAGUGAAAGUCGGAAGGCUAAUUCCAGAGUAGACAUUGUUGCAGCAGUUGAUACAUGCAGUCAGGGUAACGUUGUAUUGGAUUAUGUGGACGUAGAUUGUCCUAUGUUAGAAGAGGAAAGCUGUGAAUCGGUUGGCCCAAAUUGUGUAGAAAAUAUUAUGCCAACAGGGGGUGAUUGUUAUACAGAUGAAGACACUUUUGUCCAAGACACUGUUGUUGGACUCGGAUGUGAUGAAAAGAUGACUGCUGAUCCAAUCGAUGGAACCAAGGAUGAGAUCCACAAAAUUUUUGUCAAUGAGGAUCAAUCAUCUCCACCGUUGAGUGCAAGACUCAGAGAAAUAUCAAACUCAUUGAAGCUUUUGAGCACUCAAACAACUGCUAUUGGAUCACCAAACACUGACAUGACAUCUACCAAACAAAUAAAUAAGGAAAAACUUGACCCCAAAACUCCUGAAGUUCCUUUUGCAGUGAGAUUAGAGAAUGAGCCAAACUUUGACUACAUUGGCAGUCCGCAGGACAUCUUUAAAACUCGCAGUACAGGACUGAAGAAGUAUCUAGCUCAGGAGUGUCUUACUUUCCUCAAUAGUGCUAACAAGGAGGAGCUUAAGGGAUUAAAGGGAAUUGGAGAGAAGAGAGCAACAUAUAUUCUUCAGCUUCGUGAAGAAUCUUCCGAACCCUUCAAGAAUAUGGAUGAUCUUAAAGAGAUAGGCUUGUCUAGAAAACAGAUAAAUGCAAUGAUGUCACAAGUCCUUGGAGAUUUUUAGGCUGGCAUUGCAAUGGCGCUGUGACUUGUACAUGUGAAUCAUGAAUGUGGUAUACCAAAAAAAUCGAUUGGACCGGACCCUUUGUUGAGUUGCUGAUAGCUCCACAGAUGUGUAACUAAUGCUUACUCUUUUGGUUGCUUAACCA